AUUCUAUCAAAUGUGGCCUAUAUAACACCUUUUACCUAAUAAUGUCUUUUAGUUCCAACAUGAAAGCAUGAAUUCCAUGCUUCCAACAGUAUGAUGACUUACCACAAAACGUAGUACCCAGGGUAUCGAAUUAAAUUUACACUAUAUAUAUAUAUAUAUAUAUAUAUAUAUAUAUAUAUAUUCAGCACUACUUCAAGCCUUCUCACUGCAUUGCUUGUUGUCAAGUCCAUAACCUCCCUCUCUCUCUCUCUCUCUCUCUAUAUAUAUAUAUACACACACAGCACAUGCAAUGGAUAUGAAUUAUCUGAUUGACAACUGCUUGAACGAAGUGGUUAUGGCAGUAGUUUUUGCGUCUCUAUGUUUGAUCCUAUCUCCCUUCUUCAUGUUCAAGUUCAUCCAUAUGAUCUCAAGAUGCUUCUUCACUGAAAACAUGAAAGGAAAAGUAGUUAUCAUCACUGGUGCUUCUUCAGGAAUUGGGGAGCAAUUAGCAUAUGAAUAUGCAAAGAAAGAAGCUUCACUGGUGAUAGUUGCUAGGAGAGAGAAGCGACUCUUAGAGGUUGCUGAGAAAGCUCGCGGACUUGGCUCGCCAGAUGUUCUUCCUGUUUGUGCAGAUGUCUCAAACGUCAACGACUGUAACCGAUUUGUUAAUGAAGCUAUCCACCACUUUGGCCGAUUGGAUCAUUUGGUAAAUAAUGCUGGGAUUGGUACUUUCUGCGCAAUUGAAGAUGCCACUGACAUUACCAAAUUCGCACCUGUGAUGGAUAUAAACUUUUGGGGAUCAAUUUAUCCUACACAUUUUGCAAUUCCUCACCUCAAAAAGACCAAGGGCAAGAUUGUCGUAAAUUCAUCAGCAGCUGCACUGUUAAAUGCACCAGGAUUGAGCUUCUACGGUGCAAGUAAAGCGGCAUUGAUAAGCUUCUAUGAGGCACUGAGAGUUGAAUUGGCUCCUGCAAUCACAAUAACUAUUAUAACUCUGGGUUUUAUAGAUACAGAAAUCACCCAAGGCAAACAUUUAUCAAAGGAAGGUCUCGUUGAAGUAAAUCCCAAACAGAGCGAUGUUCUUAUUCAGGCGUUGCCGGUCAUGAGUUCCGGCGCCUGUGCAAAGGCUGUCGUUAAUGGAGUCUGCAGAGGAGAAAGAUAUGUGGCUGAACCAAAAUGGUUCAGGGUGCUUUUCAUUCUAAAAACCUUAUCCCCUGAACUAGUUGAAUGGUAUUACCGCACAAUUCACUUCACCAAGCCAACAAUCUCUAAUCAGGUGGUCUCCGGCAAGGGGUCUUCACAAACUAAAGAAGACUAGGUUUAAAUUUUUUAGGUGCUAUUGUCGAUGUGUUAAUGGUGAAUUAACUUUCUUGCUGUUUCAAAUUUCAGUUUUAGACAGUUGUGUUCCUUUUGUAUCUUCAUCAUGUUUGUUGUAAUUGUUUAUUUUAGGACUACAAAAGGUUCUCCUAAUAAUUACUCACCCCAUAUAUGGUGAUAAAC